GCAUCUACAGGCAGACAGGGCAGAGCGCUUGGCUCCCAGCUCCUCUGUCUCCUCCUGCGGCGAACGCCAACCCGCAGCAAAGAUGUGCAAAGGUCUGGCGGGGCUGCCCGCUUCCUGCCUGCGGAGUGCCAAGGACAUGAAGCACCGGCUGGGGGUGCUGCUGCAGAAGUCGGAUUCCGGUGAGCACGGCUCCGCCCACAGCAGGAGAGACAAGCUGGUGGUCUGUCCCAGGGUGAGCCAAGAGGAAGUCAAAAAGUGGGCUGAGUCCCUGGAAAACCUGAUCAGCCAUGAAUGCGGGCUGGCGGCGUUCAGGGCGUUCCUCCGGUCGGAGCACAGCGAGGAGAACGUAGAGUUCUGGCUCCGCUGUGAGGAGUACAAGCGAACCAGGUCGCCCUCAAAGCUGCGCCCCAAGGCCAUGAAGAUCUACGAGGAGUUCAUCUCGGUCCAGGCGACCCAGGAGGUCAACCUGGACUCCGGCACCAGGGAGCAGACCCGCCGGAACCUGCUGGCGCCCACCGCCAGCUGCUUUGACGAGGCCCAGAGGAAGAUCUUCCACCUGAUGGAGAAGGACUCCUACCGCCGCUUCCUCAAGUCGCUGGUGCCCGCACUGCCGCCCGUGCCGCUCACUAGAUGUAGUGUCUGUUCCGCGCUCCUCCCCGUCGUCUCCCGCGUUUUCUUAGAGGCCCUGCGAGUGAGUGGAGAGGUGGUGGCAGCUCUCUCUGCUCAGCCGUUUGGCCUCAGGGUGGCCGGGGGUGAGUCCACGUCCUGUGACAUCCACAGGCUCCAGGGAUUCUGUGAGCCAGGACUUCCUCCAUAGCUAGGUGUUUAGAUGUGUUUGAUCUAUUGUGUUCACGUAUGUGUACAUGUGUGUGUACAUGUGUGUACAUGUGUGUGCACACGCAGAGACAUCAUCGUUCCUGUAGAAUGGAUGGAGAGGGCCAGGCGCUCAUCACUAGUGUGAGGUGCUGUGUGCCUCGGCUCUAAACCAGCCCUGGGAAGCGACAUUGUAAAAGGGAGCUCAUCUCUGUCAACCGAAGACCCCGGGAGUCGCUCCUGAGCGGCGUCCUGCUCACUGCGCCGCGUGGGGCGGGGGCGGCUGUUCCUUGGUGCCGAGACCAAAUGAGGCGCAGGAUGAAAAGGGUCGUCAUGGUCGGAACUGCUGCAACUUCGAGGUGCAGGAACUACUUGAAGAUUUCUGUUAUUUAUGAUGUUUUGUACGAUGCUUUCACUGUCCUGCGUUAUCCACUGAGGUGCAGGGUCACCGAGAAGGUCAUGAGUGGCCAGGAAGCCCUGUCCUCAUCCUCCUGAAGCCACGCCUGUAAGCACCCAGGUGCCCCCUCCUGCCCGUCACACGCGUGAGCACCGUGUUAUCUGAAGCCACGGGCUCAACGUGCAGCUCCACGGGGGUGCCCACGACGCCGUUUUAUUAAAGAUGCAUGUCUCCGUCC